CCGGGCCCUCCCCCUGGACUCUGGUAUUGGUCAAAAGUAGGGGUGGGGAAGGGCGGUCUGAAGACCUAACAAAGCCAAGACCUGCUGCCCCUGGCCGGCUGCUCUCAGAAAGUCGAGGCUAGUCUGACACUGAGCCUAUUCUUUCAGACCACAACACCAUGCCCAUGACCCUGGGUUACUGGGACAUCCGUGGGCUGGCCCAUGCCAUCCGCCUGCUCCUGGAGUACACAGGUUCAAGCUAUGAGGAGAAGAGAUACACCAUGGGCGACGCUCCUGACUAUGACCAAAGCCAAUGGCUGAAUGAGAAAUUCAAGUUGGGCCUGGACUUUCCCAAUUUACCAUAUUUAAUUGAUGGAUCACACAAGAUCACCCAGAGCAAUGCCAUCCUGCACUACCUUGCCCGCAAACACAACCUUUGUGGGGAGACAGAAGAGGAGAGAAUUCGUGUAGAUAUUUUGCAGAAUCAACUUAUGGACAACCGCAUGGUGCUAGCCAGGCUUUGCUAUAACCCUGACUUUGAAAAGCUGAAGCCAGGGUACCUGGAGCAACUCCCAGAAAUGAUGAGGCUCUACUCUGAGUUCCUGGGCAAGCGGCCAUGGUUUGCAGGGGACAAGAUCACUUUUGUGGAUUUCAUUGCUUAUGAUGUUCUUGAGAGGAACCAAGUAUUUGAACCCAAGUGCCUGGAAGCAUUUCCAAACCUGAAGGACUUCAUAUCUCGCUUUGAGGGCCUGAAGAAGAUCUCAGACUACAUGAAGAGCAGUCACUUCCUCCCAAGACCCCUGUUCUUAAAGAUAGCCAUCUGGGGCAACAAGUAGGGCAUUUGCAGGGUGGGAUUUAGGAUUAAGAUGCCAGAUGUCCUUGGUUUGCAGGGAGCCCUGGGGAGCAGCCAGGACCUCUGUAGCCACAGAGCCACCAUUUCCUUCUCCCUUCUUUUCCAUCCCAUCCAGACUCCAGCUCUCUC